AGCUUUGUGUGUGUUUGAGCUGUUUGUGUAGAAUAUCAAGAGAUUAAAUAUUGGUGUCAAUUUAUGGCGGCAGCCACCACGUCAAAACUUGAAAAAAACAAAAUGGCGAAUGAUAAACUGGAAACUUCUGAAGGUUGUAGAGUUCCAGUAAAAUUCAAGAAUACUGACGAAUAUCGUUGGGCAGAGAUCUUGAGCAAGAAGGAAGGAGAUGGUCCUCCAAUAUACUACAUACAUUAUGAGGACUUCAACAAGCGGCUGGAUGAAUGGGUGGGUGAAGACAGGAUGGACCUGAAGAAACUAGAACUUCCUAAAAAGGAGGCCAAGACACCAGUUAAGGAUGGUAAAAGUACAAUGAAUGGUUCACGUCCUGUAACUCCUGAGAGAGACAUGGUUGUGAGUAAUGAACCUCUGCCUAUUGUGUCUACCCCUACACAGAAUGGGUCUGCCCUGAAACCCCCUAAAUCUGGUGUUGGACGAAAACGCAAGGUGGAUGAGGAAAUAUGUGACCAAGUUGAGGAGAUGAAAGCCCCGCGACAGACAGGCUCAAUGGUGGUUCACCAUGACGAUAUAGUAACAAGGAUGAAGAAUGUAGAUAUGAUAGAGUUAGGACGACACCGGAUAAAACCCUGGUACUUCUCCCCAUACCCCCAGGAAUUGACAAGUGAACCAAUAGUUUACAUUUGUGAGUUCUGUUUAAAAUAUGUGAAAAGUCACAAAUGCUUGGAAAGGCACUUGUCCAAGUGUGUAUUCAGACAUCCUCCUGGUAAUGAGAUAUACAGAAAGGGAAACAUAUCAUUCUUUGAAAUCGAUGGAAGAAAAAAUAAAAACUAUGCCCAGAACUUAUGUUUACUUGCUAAACUAUUCCUGGACCACAAAACUCUAUAUUACGAUACAGAUCCUUUCCUGUUUUACAUCAUGUGUGAGCUGGACACCAUAGGCUACCACAUCAUAGGAUACUUCUCAAAGGAAAAAGAAUCAUCAGAAGAUUACAAUGUUGCAUGUAUUCUCACUCUGCCACCAUACCAGAAGAAAGGCUAUGGAAAAGUUCUCAUACAAUUCAGCUAUGAACUUUCAAAGUUUGAAGGUAAAACAGGGUCACCCGAAAAGCCACUGUCAGAUCUUGGUCUGCUAUCUUAUAGAAGCUACUGGUCACAGACAAUCCUUGAUAUUCUCAUUUCACUGAAGCCCACUGUGUCGGGAGAGCAGCCAUGCAUGACUAUCAAUGAAAUAUCUGAAAUGACAAGCAUAAAGAAAGAAGACGUUAUCUCCACAUUACAACAUCUCAACCUCAUCAAUUACUACAAAGGACAAUAUAUAAUACAGCUAACCAGGGAUGCAUUGGACUCACAUUCUAAAGCUAUGGCUAAGAAAAAAAUCAAAAUAGACCCCAAGUGUUUGCAUUGGCAACCUAAAGACUGGAGUAAGAGGGGGAAAUGGUAGUUAUGGAGCUAUUUUAAAAGGAAAAUCUUGCACAGUUAGUGAUUGUAUCAAACUUUCAAACAAAGAUAAAAGGGAAAGGUUGGAUGUUAGAUGGUCAUCGGAGAUCUCAGUUGAGGCCUACCCCAACCUGGUCAUUACAUUAAAUUCUUUGUAAUUAUUUUGGAAAUAAUAGUUACAGUCCAUUUCAGUUUGGCUCUAUGUUGUUAAAAUUGAAAAAUUAAGCAUCAAAAAAGACCACUGUGCAAUAUCAUAUGGAAAAAUAUAUUUGUAUUUUACAUGCAAAACAUUGUAUAUAUUUUUGAAUUAGUUUUAUGUGCAAAAAACGUUGCUACUUGUAGUUUAGGAAAUUUCAGCCAUGUUAUUUCUUGAAAAUUAUAUGUCAGAGAAGCAUCAAAAUGCUAGAGGCCACACAUUUUAUUAGCCAAACCACAACCAAUCCAAGAUAUACAAAUGUAUUGUGUGUAGAAUAUUAAAGUAUUUUUCAAGAUGAUACUGCACUAUGUUCUUUUGAUUGUGGUAUAACUCAAUCGAAAUAGACUAUAGGCAAAUGUUGCGUUGCUUUGUAGAGAUAAAACAUUCACAAUCAUGUU